AAAAAUAAAAAUAAAAUCUUGAUCUCUAUGAGAGUCUUCACUUUCCUUUCUUCACUGUUCUUUGUUUCAUUUCAUCUUCCCGCGCCCAAAAAUGAGGGCAGAGUCACACCAUUCCCGAAGCUUAAUCCACCAAAUCUACGCUCCAUUAUCCAACGAAUUUCCAUUCGCAACACCUCUUCCUUCUCUCCGAACAAACGAACUCGAACUCGUACGAGGCGUUUUACGAAUGCUACAAGGCUUUUCGUCUUCGUUAUUCUCUUGGGAUCACAUUGAAAACCGUUUUCGUGUCAAAAAUGGAGUUUAUGUGACGCAUUUGUCCCUGAAUAGUCUUCAUUCACUUCUCAAUCAAUUCAUUCACGCUGCUACGUGUCUUCAAUUGGUGGAAAUUACGAUCAAGAAGAUCGAAAUUGCAGUGCCGAGUCCUCCUCCUACUUUGAGAGCGUUUGUUACUUCUGCUUCUGAGUGGCUUAAGCGGUUACGGAAUGUUGUGUUGAAGGAGGAAGUGUCUACUAGCAAUGUAGAUGGAAUAUCCACUCCUACUUUGUUAGGGUUCAAAAAUUCUUUAUCGAGUCUUUGCUCGGGUGCUGAGUUUCUAUUGCGAAUUGUUCAUGAGGCCAUCCCUGAUGUAUAUUUUGAGUUUGGGCCAUCUGUGCCUGCAGCAGACUUGGCUGUUCAUGUUCUUGACUAUCUUCAUAAGAAGCUUGAAGAAAUGUGUCUUGUACAAGGUGGCGAGGAGGAAGCUUAUCUAAUGGUACUUUACAUGUAUGUGGGAAGCUUGUUGCCAUAUAUUGAGGGUCUUGAUUCCUGGCUUUUUGAUGGAAUACUUGAUGACCCUUCUGAUGAGAUGUUCUUUUUUGCUAAUAAAGAAGUCUCAGUUGCUGAGGCUGAGUUCUGGGAAAAGAGUUAUCUAAUAAAAAAGCUACAACAUGGUAAAUUAGAUACUGAGUUGUCUUCCACAGAUUAUGCCGGUAUGCCAGCUUCAAAUAAGAAGAAGGAAAUGGGCAUGAGGGAUUCCAUCUCUUUGUCUAGUACAAUUCAAGGAAAAGAGCAGAUCAUUAGAGACUGUCCAGCUUGUCCUUUGUUUAUUAAGGAUUUAGCUAAGUCAAUAGUUUCUGCAGGAAAAUCUUUGCAGCUGAUGCGCCAUGUCCCAAAUUCCUUAGCAGUACGUAGCAAAAGAAAUAAUUUUCAGUUUGAAAGAACUCAAUCUUUAAACUAUGGUUUGUCUCCUUCUCAUAGGGUGGCUGGGCUAACGCUGUCAGAAAUUUUUUCUGUAUCACUAGCUGGACUUAUUGGUCAUGGUGACCAUGUUUGUAAAUACUUUUGGCAAGAUGAUUGGCACGAAUCUGUGUCUGUUUCUCCCUUUGCAUCUUAUUUAAAUUUAAACGCGGAAAAAACAGACAAUGAAAACUUAACUGCUUCACCACACUCGGAGAAGAUUUGGUACAAGUUCUUGAUUGAUACAUUAUUUCAAAAAGGAUCAGCUGAUUUGAAGCCAAAAUAUGAAAAUAAUGUCAAUGGAGAUUCUACAGGGGAUAAAGUUCUUAACGAGGAAUCGUUUCUCCUGAGAUCAUGCUUACAAAAUCCAGUUAUUACUGUUUCUCGAAAAACAAUUGGAAACAAUGGGGAUGCCUUGAAAACAUUGAAUUUAUCUCAAAAGUUCUGCUUGCCUUCUUUAAAUGAUGAGGGUUUAAGAAAGGCUAUAUUUGGUGCAGAAAGUACGUCAUUUUCUGAUAGUGAAGGAACAAACUAUUUGUUUGGUUUUCAGUAUGAUGAAUCCAAAUACCUUCACUCACAUGAUACGAGGAAUCUGAUAGAAAUGCUGUUUCCUUUUCCCACCAUUUUGCCUUCGGUUCAGGAUGGUCUUCCUGUGUCAGAGCUCUUGCCUUUCCAGAGAAACAGCACUCUUCCUUCAAAAGUUCUUCACUGGAUGCAAAAUGUUGACCUAAGAAUGACUCCACUGCCUCUGAUUAUUAUGCAGUACUGUCUAACCACCUAUAUUCAGAAACAGGUAGAUUAUAUUGGAGUGAAUAUGUUGUUAAAGUUGAUGAAUGAAUGGAGGUUGAUGGAUGAGCUUGCAGUGCUGCGAGCUAUAUACUUGUUAGGUUCAGGUGAUUUGCUACAACACUUUUCAACUGUAAUUUUCGAUAAGUUGGAUAAGGGUGAAACAUUGGAUGAUGAUUUUGAAUUAAACACAAUAUUACAGGAAUCAAUCAGAAAUUCUGCUGAUUGUAUGCUGUUAAGUGCUCCAGAUGCAUUGGUAGUGUCAAUAACCAAAAAUAUUGUUGAGAAGGAUGAGGAAGCUAGCACAAGUGGUUCUGUUUUGGGUACUUCUCGUAAAAGUCAUGUCAAUAACUCCGGGAUUAACGGCCUUGAUAUGCUAAAAUUCACAUAUAAGGUACCUUGGCCUCUUGAACUCAUUGCAAACACAGAGGCAAUUAAGAAGUACAACCAGGUUAUGCGGUUUUUGCUGAAGGUCAAGCGUGCAAAAUUCGUAUUAGAUAAAGUGCGGAGGUGGAUGUGGAAGGGUAGGGGGUCUACAACAAAUAACAGAAAACAUCAUUGGUUAGUGGAGCAGAAACUCCUACAUUUUGUGGAUGCUUUUCACCAAUAUGUGAUGGACCGGGUAUAUCACAGUGCUUGGCGUGAACUAUGUGAAGGUAUGUCUGUGGCCAAAUCUCUCGAUGAGGUCAUUGAAGCCCACGAGGCUUACAUGUUAUCGAUACAGCGGCAGUGCUUUGUGGUUCCUGAUAAACUGGGAGCUUUGAUUGCCAGCCGUGUUAAUAUCAUCCUUGGUUUAGCUUUAGACUUCUAUAACAUACAACAAACAUUAAAAAGGGGCGGAGCUGUUUCUGCAAACAAGGCAAGGUGUGAGAUGGAAGUCGACCGGAUAGAGAAACAGUUUGAUGAUUGCAUUGCUUUCUUACUCAGGGUCUUAUCUUUCAAACUAAAUGUAGGGCAUUUCCCUCAUUUGGUUGAUCUGGUCACCAGAAUUAACUACAACUAUUUCUAUAUGUCUGCUAAUGGAAAUUUAAUGACCACCUCUGGCCCUGGAAGUGUUACUUCACGAUUGGGGAAAGCCUCUGGUAAAAUUGGUUGAUCUAAGGUGGCUUGUCUUGAAAUUUAUCUAAAUAUCAGAAUAGUUCUGUCCCUGCUUUGAUAUUGUGCAGUAUUGUGAGAGAAUGUCACAUUGGCUUGGUCUUUGAGCUUGGUGAAGGGCAAAUUUUUUUAAGGUUGUUUGUUACCUGUGUGCCGCCCAGUAAUUGCAGGCUGCAUGAGUGCACAGGGUAAGUUGUACAGAGUAUUGUCUAUUUUUAUUUUUUUAUAAGUGCAACUAUGUAGGAUAAUUUAUCCUAAUCCUUGUAUAGAUUGUGAAA